AUGGACCAUCAAUACUCCAACAACACACAUCACAUGGAUUUUCACAGACCAAAUUCGACACUGAACUCUCUCGACAGGAAACCUUCCGCCUUUUCUUUUGACGACAACGCUACUCUCGACUCCAGCAUCCUGGACACGCCCGUCCUCAUGUCGCCCACCACCAGCACCCAGGGCAUCUUCUCCCCCGACACUUCUAUUUGGGAGGACUUUUCAAAUGGCCAGUUCGUCGACCGCACUGCCACCAGCUCCGUUGUCAACACCAACGGCAACAACCCCUUCUUCACCGAGCAAAGUAACAACCCCUUCGCCCGGUUACCCCCCAACCAAGCCGCUACCUACGGCCAGCAAUCAUGGCCUGUUACCGACAACUCUGGUUCCAGGACGCCCACAGCCCCCAAGCCUUUGAACCCCUUCGGCCCUGGUGACUUUGGAGCUGCACCCUUUGUCGAGCAGCAGCAGAUGCCCUACCACGGACUCCCCGUGCACCAGAAUGUGCGACCAAGCGCCGUCUUCCCCUCUGCCCCAGAGCAACCCAUGUCACCCCACACGCACUCCGACUGGAUGGCCUUCAACCAGCAGGAGAUGGACGCACGACCCGGACCCAAGCGAAUGAGGCCCAACACCCCGCCUCGCUCCUUCUCCCCUCGUCGUGACGGUGGCAUCCGGAAGAAGAACGCCCGCUUCGAUAUCCCGGCCGAGCGCACCCUCGUCAACAUCGACAACCUCAUCCAGAGCUGCACCAACGAGGAAGACCUCAAGGAACUCAAGCAGCAAAAACGACUCCUCCGCAACAGGCAGGCCGCUCUUGACUCCCGGCAACGAAAGAAGAAGCACACCGAGGAGCUUGAAGAGGAGAAGAAGCAGUGGAUGGAGAAGAUCUGCCAGAUGCAAGAUGACUUCGCUGCCAUGCGCAUCGAGUACGACGCUCUUGUUGCCGAGAAGGAGAACUGGCACCGCGAGUCCAUGGAGAUGCACCACAUGGUCAACCAGCUGCAGUUCGACAAGGAGGAGCUUGUGCGCACCCACACUCUCGAGACCGGCGAGCUUCGCAAGAAGGUCUCGGUCCUUACUGAACGCCUCGAGGCUGCCACUAGCCACAGAAUGGCUGCUGCCCCCAGCUCUACCUUCACCGACUUCGCGUCUGAGAUGGACAACCUCAACAUGGGCAACAGCGACUGGGACAACUACAUCUUCGUCAACGACUUCGCCUCCGACGACCAGCCCACUCCUCAGCAGAACCAAGAACUCUCUCUUGUUUCCCGCAACAAGGACGAAGACAAGCCCGUCGCUUCUGGUCUUUUGCUUAUGCUCCUGCUCUGCGGUGCCUUUGUCGCAAGCAAGUCCGGUGGCGCUCAGCCUCCCAUUCCUCGCAUGCCCGACGAGGUCCGUGCCGCCUCCGCUACCGUUCUUGACAGCAUCCUCAAGGAUGCUGGUGUGUCAUCUGCCAUGGGCGAGCAAGGUCUCAUUGCCAGCCACGUCACCGGACUCGAGCCCACACCCUCUGGUAUGGCCUGGCCCAAGACAACCAUGUCUGGCUCUGAACUCGCUGGUAUCUCUGGCUCCCACCUCGACCAGCUGCACUCUCAUCUCACUGGACCCACCAAGGAGCAAGAGCAUGAGCAACUGUUCUCCAUCACUCCUGACCAGUACAACAGCAUGACGUCUCUCGACUUCACUCGCUCGCGAUACAGCAUGACCAGCGACGACCUCAGCGACCCCCUAUCUCCCGGCUCGCAGCCAUCGCAUCGUCGCAACCUUGCCGAGACCCUCGCUGCCAUGCGUGAGCAAAGCAAGGGUGACUCUGCUGCCGAGGUCUACACUCGCAGUCUGCUCUGGGACAAGAUCUCACCAGAGGUCGUUCACGAGUUCAAGCGCAUCGUCGAAGAGUCUGCCGCCAUGUCACGACCCAGCACAUCUGACGGCACCAAGGCCGAGACCAUGGGCUAA